CAGGCUGGGUCCCUCCACUGUCUGCGUCCAACUGGACUUCGGCUCGCACCGACUCUCCCACACACACGGCCUCUCAACAGGCACCUCUCUUACGCGCCUCUCUCUCUCUCUCUCUCUCUCUCUCUCUCUCUCCCUCUGUCUCUCUCCCCUUCUCGCCCCUUCUCUCCCUUUCUCUCCCCUUCUCUCCCUCUCUGAAUAACCUCCUCCACCUCCGUGAGGCUCUCUCCUGCAGAAGGCGGUGCUCGGACGGAUAAAAAGAACCUCGGCGCACAACCGAAGGAGGGUCUGUCCUGUUUCUGCUGCUUUUUCGGGGACCCCCACCCCCCCCGGAGGUGUUCGGCUGUUUUUCCUUCUUCUCUCUUCCUCCCUCCAUCGGUUCGGAAGCAGGGGGCGCAGGAGAGGUCGGCGAGCGCGUUUUUUUUUUUUUUUUUUUUCGGGAACCCCCCCGCCUCCCCUCCCUCCUCCACCCCCCUGACUAGACCAGCCCCUCGCUUUUUUUUUCUGGGCGAGCGGCGAUGGCGGAGAGCAUGGAAUUCGAGAAGGCGGAGAAGCGGUACUGCAUUCGGCGAAAGCACGCGCUGCUCAUCUGCGCCGUGGCGGUGACGGCGGCCGUCGCCGUGGGGCUCGGGGUGGGCCUCAGCCGCCCCUCCCCCUCCCCCCCCUGCGAGGAUACCCCCAAACCCACCGAGCCCCCGAAACCAGACCUCAGCCGCGGGCCCUGCCUGCGCUCACAGGACACCAGCGGCGGGUGGACCGAGUUCCGCCUGCCCGACUACGUGCGCCCGUCCCGCUACGGCCUUCACCUGGAGCCCGACCUGGACGCAGACUCCUACACCGGGACGGUCUCCAUCCACCUGGCGGUCACACAGCCCACCCGCCACCUGUGGCUCCACAUCCGGGACACCUUCGUCAGCGCGCCACCCCGGCUCCAGCUGCAGAAGGGCCAGGACCGGAUGGACGUGGCCCUGAAGGGCUGCUUCGAGUACGAGCCCCAGCAGUACGUGGUGGUGGAGGCGGCCGAGCAGCUGGCGGCCAACGGGCCCGGCGAGGCCUACGUCCUGACGCUGGACUUCCGGGGCUGGCUCAACGGCUCCCUGGUGGGAUUCUACCGGACCACCUACACGGAGAACGGGGUUCUGAGAAAAAUCGCGGCCACUGACCAUGAACCCACGGAUGCCCGAAAAUCCUUCCCCUGUUUCGAUGAACCGAACAAGAAGGCCACCUACAAAAUCUCAAUUACUCACGACAAAGCGUACGGUGCCCUGUCAAAUAUGCCAGUCGAGAAAACAGAAGAACUCCCUGGUAGUAAGACCAAAACUACUUUCGAGCUAUCAGUCCCGAUGAGCACCUACCUGGUGUGUUUCGCCGUGCACCAGUUUACAUUUGUGGAAAGACACUCGUCACGAGGGGUUCCUCUGCGGAUCUACGCACAGCCCUUGCAGAUUGCCACCGCGGAAUACGCGGCCAACGUCACCAAGAUAAUCUUCGACCACUUUGAGAGCUACUUCAACAUGACCUACUCCCUUCCCAAGCUGGACAAGAUCGCUAUCCCAGACUUCGGGACGGGAGCCAUGGAAAACUGGGGCCUGAUCACCUACAGGGAAAACAACCUCUUGUACGACAAGGAUGAGUCAUCGUCCUACAACAAGCAGCGUGUGGCCAGCGUCAUCUCCCACGAGCUGGUCCAUCAGUGGUUUGGGAACAUCGUCACCAUGGACUGGUGGGACGACCUGUGGCUGAACGAAGGCUUCGCCAGCUUCUUUGAGUACGUGGGCGUAGAGGAGGCAGAACCCACCUGGAACAUGCGUGACAUCAUGAUCAUCGAUGACGUGUUGCCGGUGAUGGUGGACGACGCCCUCCUCUCCUCCCACCCCAUCAUCGUGGAUGUGUCCACGCCCGCUGAGAUAACCUCUGUGUUCGAUGGCAUUUCCUACAGCAAGGGGGCGUCGAUCCUGCGGAUGCUGGAAGACUGGAUGGGGAGAGACAAGUUCAGGGAUGGAUGUCGGAAAUAUUUAGAAGACUUCCAAUACAGGAAUGCCAAAACUGCAGACUUUUGGAGAUCUUUAGCAGCGGUUAGCAAGUUGCCAGUGGAAGACAUUAUGGAUACCUGGACCAAGCAGAUGGGUUAUCCUCUUCUGAGUUUAUCGUUUGCGGGUGCAAACGCCGCGUUAACACAGAAGAGGUUCCUGCUGGACCCCAAGGCGAACCCCGAAGAGCCCCCCUCCCCAUUCCAGUACAAAUGGACCAUCCCUGUACAGUGGCAUUCUCUUGGCAGGGAGAACAACGGCACCAUCAUAUUUAACAAGAGCCAGACAGAAGUAAUGGUGACAGGCUACGACAGCAACGUGGAUGGACUUCUGAAGGUGAACAGAGAUAACAUGGGCUUCUAUCGGGUCAAUCACCAUGACGACAUGUGGAACACAAUCAGCGAGAAUCUCAUCACAAACCGAACGGACUACAGCGCUGCUGAUCGGUGUGGCUACAUCGAUGACGUGUUCGCCCUGGGACGGGCGAAUAUCGUGGACUACGGGAACGCUUUCAACCUAACCAAAUACCUGAGUGUGGAGACCGAGUACAUCGUGUGGGAUAGGCUGUCCUCCUCCAUCUCCUACGUACGGGACAUGUUGAUGGACGACGACGCCCUCUACCUCAUAUUCCAGAAAUACUUCCGUGAUCAAGUGCAAACCAUCGCUAACAAUUUGGGCUGGGAAGACACCGGAGGCCAAAUAGAGAGGCUCCUGAGGGAGACGGUCCUGGGGCUCGCCUGCCGGAUGGGAGACCCCGGUGCUCUUCAGCAGGCCACUCAGCUGUUCGACCAAUGGAUAACCCAGGGAACCAGUGUGGGCGUGAACCUGCGGCUGCUGGUGUACCGGUACGGCAUGCAGAACUCUGGCUCGGUGGAGAAGUGGAACAUCAUGUUCCAGCGCUACCUGGCCACCACCCUGGCCCAGGAGAAGGACAAGAUCCUGUACGGGUUGGCGUCUGUGGAGAACGUCAGUUUGCUGAGCCAGUUGCUGGAAGCCUCCAGAAAUGAGAGCUUGGUGCGAAGCCAGGACGUCUUCACCCUCAUCAGAUACGUGUCCCUGAACAAGUACGGCAAAACCAUGGCCUGGGAUUGGAUGACUCUGAACUGGGAAUACCUGGUCAACAGAUUCACCAUCAACGAUCGCAACCUGGGCCGGCUGGUGGCCAGGAUCACCACCACCUACAACACAGAGCUCCAGCUGUGGCAGAUGCAGCACUUCUUCGAGCGGUACCCGGAGGCGGGCGCCGGGGAAACGCCACGGAAACAGGCCCUGGAGACGGUGAAGAACAACAUCGAGUGGGUGAAAACCAACAAGGGCGAGAUCGAGGCCUGGCUGCAGAGCAACGUGGUGUAGAGGCUGCCGCCGUCCGCGAUGAGGAGCAAAAAUGGGUCUAAACCAAUACCACUCCGUGCUUAAUGGGAGCUGUACACAAACUGCAAGCGUAAGCUGUGUACUACCGCGUUAAAAACGAGACCACUGUGAAGAGCUUUGAUGCCCCGAGACUGGUAUUUAUAAUUUAUACCCUGGUAUUUAUAAUGUGAUGUUCAGGGGACUGAGUUAUAGAUAUGAGGGAAUAUUUCAAAUAUUCACUUCAGACGCGUUUGUCUUAUUGUAAUUUCAGUAAUAAUUUAUGUCAUAAUUUAGAUAAGAAUAUAACACAAAACCCUUAAAUGUUUUUUUUUGUUAUGUUAUUGAGGUAAUGGAAACACACAGUGUCAUUAGCUUGAGCACAAUCCAGAGACUGCUAUGUUUUUGGAAGUAAAUCCUAAUCCUAUCCUAUGGGUAGCUGGGCCAGAUGAACUUUAGCAAGACUGGUUUGCCACGGCAAAAAUUAUUUUAGUUAUUGAUCAUACAUAGCCAGAAUGCAUUAAUUACUAAAACAUAAUAAACAUAGUGCAGAAUUACAGCCACGUGACCAUAGUCAUGAUGUCCUGAAAUGUUUCCGAGAUUCAGGCAGUGGCUGCAGAUAUAAUCGCUUGUGCAUUUUUCUGUUACCUCUCGGGGGGUAACAUGGGAUGGGUUCUUUGUUUCUGUCUGGUUUUUUUUUUUUUUGUUGUUUGUUUUUUUUUUCGUAAAAAUGAAGUGUAUUUUUAUAAAUUAUAUUUUUCACUAAUGCGAAGCCAAUUGUAACUGGUAUAGUUUUGUAAAAUUGUGAAUGGUUUUAAAUGUGUUUUUGAAAAAGGAAUAUUAAAUAAAAUGGCAAAGUUGUUGAGAA